UCUCCUUUAGCUGAUCCAUUUUUGCCCCUGGAGAGGCUUCCUGCAGGACGCUAAAUGCAUAAAACAGCAUGCUCUAAACAGUCAUGCUGCCUCACUACGCAACCCUCACCAGGAAGAUAACGGAUAUACAAGAAAGAGGAAUGUUACUAGCUGCACAUGUUCAAGUCCUCUUCUCAAUCUAGCUGAAGGAAAGGACACUGCAUAAUUUGGAACAGCAGAUGAUUAUAUCCUUUUCAAAAAGAAAAACGCAGAAUCUGAAAAUGGACCACAGAGCCAGCAGCAGCUGAGACAGAUCUGCCUGACAACUUUUUAACCAAGCUUGGGACUCAACAAGAAACUGGGACUCAACUCCCCCCCCCCCCCCCGCAGAUUCGCACAUGUCAGUGGGGCACUGACUGCUGGAAGACGCUAUCUAGAUAACCUUCGCUCUUUAACAGCGUUUGAUCUUCUGAUUUAUAAAGGAGAAAAUGUGGCGGCAUGUUUGCUUUAUUCUGAGCUGCAAUCUCGCUCUCGUUCUGGGAUUCAACUCCUUUAGGAAAAACAUAGAGACCCUGGGCAAAAAGCAGUACCAAGUCCAGCAUGGCUUGUGCAGCUACACUUUCCUUUUGCCUGAAACAGAAAAUUGCCGUUCUUCUUCCUCUACCUCCUACGUUUCCAAUGCAGUGCAGAGGGAUGCACCUUUAGAUUAUGAUGAUUCCAUACAAAGGCUCCAGCUUCUUGAAAACAUCCUGGAAAACAACACGCAGUGGCUAAUGAAGCUCGAAAGCUACAUUCAGGAUAACAUGAAAAAAGAAAUGGUGGAGAUCCAGCAGAAUGCAGUGCAGAACCAGACGGCGGUCAUGAUUGAAAUAGGCACAAAUCUGCUAAAUCAAACUGCUGAACAGACCCGCAAAUUAACAGAUGUUGAAGCACAUGUACUGAAUCAGACAACAAGGCUUGAGCUUCAGCUUCAGGCGCAUUCAAUUUCAACUAUCAAACUAGAAAGGCAGAUUUCAGAUCAGACCAGCGAGAUAGGAAAACUGCAAGAAAAAAACAGCUUUCUGGAAAAAAAAGUUAUUGAUAUAGAAGACAAGCAUACGUCCCAGUUACAGUCGAUUAGAGAUGAGAAAGAUAAGCUCCAGUCACUCGUGUCCAGACAGAACUCCACAAUAGAAGAACUAGAAAAACAGCUGGCCACAGCCACAGCCAACAACUCGUUCCUGCAAAAACAGCAACACGAUCUGAGGGAGACUGUGCAGAGCCUGUUCUCUAUGAUUUCUACACCAAACCCAUCCAAUAAUGCUCUGGAAACUGGAGGAGAACACAUCAGUUUCAAGGACUGUGCUGAAGCAUUCAAAGCAGGACUGACAACCAGUGGUGUCUACACAUUAACAGUGCCAAACACAGGAGAUGCAAAAAAGACAUACUGUGAUAUGGAGACCAGCGGAGGAGGUUGGACGAUUAUUCAGCGACGCUCAGACGGCAAAGUUGACUUUGACCGGACGUGGGCGGAGUACAAAGCGGGAUUUGGGAAUCCUUCUGGGGAGUACUGGCUGGGCAAUGAGUUAGUUUCCCAACUAACCAAUCAGAAGCAGUAUGUUCUUAGAAUACAGUUGAAGGACUGGGAAGCAAAUGAGGCAUAUUCCUUAUAUGAACAUUUCUAUCUUGCAAACGAAGAACUAAAAUACAGGAUCCACCUUAAAGGAGUUACGGGGACGGCAGGGAAAAUAAGCAGCAUAAGCCAACCAGGAAAUGGUUUUAGCACAAAGGAUGCAGACAAUGACAAAUGCAUCUGCAAAUGCUCACAAAUGCUAACAGGAGGAUGGUGGUUUGAUGCAUGCGGUCCUUCCAAUCUGAAUGGCCUCUACUAUCCAUUGCGACAGAACACAAACAAAUUUAAAGGAAUUAAAUGGUACUACUGGAAAGGCGCAGGCUACUCUCUCAAGGCCACAACUAUGAUGAUCCGACCAGCAGAUUUCUAAAAACAUUUGCUCUUUGUAUGAAGUGCCUAUUGAAAUAACUUCAAAAUACUAUAUUUGACAAAUAUUUUAAGACCACAGAUGCAGCUUAACUGGUUUUUUUCCGCCUGGAUAACAUGCACAUAUAUCCUUCGGGAAUCAGCUUGUUUUCAACAGCCACUGAAUUUCAUCGCAAUUAAAUGUCAAGCAAGAAGAGGUAUCUGAUGCAAUAAUGAUUUGGCAAAAGAGAACAAUAAAAGGACUCCCAACCAGCUUAAGGUGUUAGUGCAUAACUGGAACUGUGAAAUACAUCUAGAUCAUAAACAGAAAUUACUUAAGCUUUCGAAGUGAUUCUUUAUGCCCUUUUACUGAACUUUAAUGACUACCUUAAAACAAGGGACACUUAUUUGGUCAUCUUUAUUGUAUUCCUAUUCCUAUCUCAUGCCAUGGUUGUAAUUAUGUACAUAAGCACAUUGUUUUGUAAUUACUUCCUGUAGUCUGAUUCCUACCAUUUGUAAUCACAUAUUUGGGGAUAUUUGGUAGCCCAUACUAGUAUAUUUAAUAAGGAUUUGUAAAAAAUAUUUCUAUGCUUUACAUCCAGUACCAAGUAUAUAAUAAUAGACAACUAUUUCCCCCUUUUAAUAUAUCAGAUAUUUCCAUCAGUAUUUUAAAAGUCAGAAUAGCCCUGCAACACAUAUUGUGUGGUUAAAUAUAUUUUGUAGGAAAAUUGCA